UCUUUUAUAUUUCCAAAAUAUGUUCUCUUCUUACUAAUUAUUCUUUCUUUUUUUAUUAAACAGGCUACCAAGCAGUUUCUUGAGGAGAUCAACAAGUGGACAGUUCAGUACAAUGUUUCUCCACUCUCUUGGAACGUGGCUGUCAAGUUCCUCAUGGCCAGAAAGUUCGAUGUGCUUCGUGCUGUAGAGUUGUUUCACUCCUACAGAGAAACAAGAAGGAAGGAAGGCAUUGUGAAGCUGAAACCUCAUGAGGAACCUCUCCGUUCUGAGAUUCUCAGUGGAAAAUUUACCAUCUUGAAUGUUCGAGAUCCAACUGGAGCCUCCAUUGCCCUUUUCACUGCCAGGUUACAUCAUCCUCACAAGUCCGUCCAACAUGUGGUACUUCAGGCCUUGUUUUACUUGCUAGACAGAGCUGUGGACAGCUUUGAAACUCAAAGGAAUGGAUUGGUGUUUAUCUAUGACAUGUGUGGUUCCAAUUAUGCCAACUUCGAGCUAGAUCUUGGCAAGAAAGUCCUAAACCUGCUGAAGGGAGCUUUUCCGGCUCGUUUAAAGAAGGUGCUGAUUGUAGGAGCACCCAUAUGGUUCCGAGUGCCGUAUUCUAUCAUCAGCCUGCUCCUGAAGGACAAAGUCCGGGAGAGGAUUCAGAUAUUAAAGACGUCUGAAGUUACCCAGCACCUGCCCAGGGAGUGCCUUCCAGAAAAUCUGGGUGGGUUCGUCAAAAUUGACCUCGCCACUUGGAAUUUCCAAUUCCUGCCCCAAGUGAAUGGCCACCCAGAUCCCUUCGAUGAGAUCAUCCUGUUUUCCCUACCUCCUGCCUUAGACUGGGACUCAGUACAUGUUCCAGGUCCCCAUGCCAUGACCAUCCAAGAGUUGGUAGACUAUGUUAAUACCAGGCAAAAGCGGGGCAUAUACGAGGAAUAUGAAGACAUCCGUCGUGAGAACCCUGUUGGCACUUUCCACUGUUCCAUGUCUCCCGGAAACCUAGAGAAAAACCGAUAUGGAGAUGUACCCUGCCUGGACCAAACAAGAGUGAAACUGACAAAACGAAGUGGCCACACUCAGACAGAUUACAUCAAUGCCAGUUUCAUGGAUGGCUACAAGCAGAAGAAUGCUUAUAUUGGUACACAAGGCCCUUUGGAGAAUACCUAUCGUGACUUCUGGCUCAUGGUUUGGGAACAAAGAGUUUUGGUGAUUGUAAUGACCACCCGCUUCGAGGAAGGCGGCAGGAGAAAAUGUGGCCAGUACUGGCCUUUAGAAAAAGACUCUCGGAUCCGAUUUGGGUUCCUCACGGUGACUAAUCUAGGAGUGGAGAACAUGAACCAUUAUAAGAAAACGACUCUAGAAAUUCACAACACAGAGGAGCGGCAGAAACGCCAGGUGACCCACUUCCAGUUCCUGAGCUGGCCAGAUUAUGGUGUCCCUUCCUCAGCAGCUUCCCUCAUUGACUUUCUGAGAGUGGUCAGAAACCAGCAGAGCCUGGCUGUCGGCAGCCUGGGAGCACGGUCCAAAGGGCAGUGCCCCGAGCCACCCAUUGUGGUACAUUGCAGUGCAGGCAUCGGCAGGACAGGUACCUUCUGCUCACUGGACAUCUGCCUGGCACAGCUGGAGGAGCUUGGCACCCUUAAUGUGUUCCAGACAGUGUCGCGCAUGAGGACACAGAGGGCCUUCAGUAUCCAGACCCCUGAGCAGUACUACUUUUGCUACAAGGCCAUUCUGGAAUUUGCAGAGAAGGAAGGAAUGGUUCCCUCUGGUCACAGCCUGUUGGCCAUGGAGGGUCAGUAGCUGUUCCACGAGUUUCCACCUGCUGGCCAGCCUUCCUUAAACUACCCUGGACACCGCUGAGCCUAUAGGUUGCCAUCAGCUAUGCUGAAGCCAUGGAUCAACCUCUUUCUUGUGUCUCCCAGCGCACAUGUGCACGCAAGGCAGCCUUUCCCUUUGGCUAGAUAAAUGUGGUGAAAUUGCCACUAGAAAGGGCCAGCAGCAAUGUGUUCUUAAUUCCUAGCACCUGCUAUUGAACUGUGCCUUACUAAAACCAAAUUGUGGCUAUUGAUUUUUGCCAGGGUCCCUGAGGUAAGUGGGGAAGGAACCCCCAUCUCCCAAUGCCAUUCUUUUAGAAGUCUCCUCCUUCCCUUUGCUAGGAUUUGACAGGGAGGUUUGGUGAGCAUUCACCUUCCUGCCCAGAGAGCUUGACCAAGUUACAUAUUCUAGAGAAUAUCCUGAGUGCCAAGCACGUUUAUACAUAGGGCGUGUAUUCCAGUCUUUUCUGUCAUUCUGUGUGUGUGCGCGUGUACGUAUGUGCACUUACGUGUAUGGAUCCAUAUGUAUGUGUGUAUAUAAUAUAUACUGUAUGUGAUAAUAUGGUUGUAUUCUAUAAAUACAUAUACACACAGAUACUCUUUGUAGAUGUUCCUGGGGCUUCAACUCGCAGUUGAGCAUUCUUUUCUUCUUGGACCUUGCUGAUUAGUCUGAACUAGCUGGAAUUGAGGAUCAUGCUCAUGUUGUCAGACAGCAGAGUGAUAGAAGACAACACAUACUUUUUUCCCAGGCCACAGGCUUCUCUUCUUAACGACAUUUUUCCCUCUGGACUCAAUGCUUGUUGGAGCCAAAAAUACUGACUAUGGUAACACUGGUUCAAUUUAGCAUGGGUUGUCCUUCAUCUAACAAAUUUUCUGUUUACUUUGCUGAUUUGGGGAACAGACCUCCACUGUGAUUCCAGACUCUGUCUUACCACAGCAAUGGGGUCCAAGGCUAGAGAUGAAUUUACAGAGCUGCCAGAACCAAAAGUAAUCGGUACGAAAUCUUAAAAAAAAGGAGAAUCCUGGAGUGACUGAGAGGAACCUACUAUGAAACUCCCUUCCUGGGAGGACAAACUGGGGCCCCUUUUUCUUUUCAUUGAAAGAUUCUUUCUUUGUGCAUUCUUUCUUGUCGACUGAGAUGCCCAGUUCUCCUUGCCUGCUAGCCUGACAAAUCCUAGACCUCAAACUAGAUGUGUUCUAUGUCCUUAUAAAGUAUAAUCCCCUUGGCUGGAUGAGGUAGUUCCUUGCAAUCACUGGUCCCCUAUCCAUCCAACUUGUUCCUGUCUUUUCCCAGUCUGAUUCGCCAGGAAUAGACUCAAGAGUUCCCAACACUCAGUGUUCCCACAAAACUCCACUGAACUCCCCUAAAUCUUCCCCUACUCCAGAUGAUGAGGUUGGCAGCUGGUCAGACCCAAUAAUUUUAUACUGUAAUAAGAUCUUUGAAUGUGUAUAUUCUUAUUUUUUACAAUCAUUUCAUUUUGUAUUUAACAUCAAUGGACUGAGUCAGAUUCAGUAAAUAAUUGUAAUGUUCAUAUUCAAUAUCUUAUAGUGGUACAGUUUUGUAUUUACAUAUAAAUAUACCAACAUGAUUAAACCCUUUUAGCUUCAUCAAUUUAGCACUCUGGGGUUGGGAAGGUGAGGAGGGAGUCCAUGAACUGGUUCUGGACAGAUGGGGUGGCAGGGAGGGAUCCAAAGCUUCAACAUCUGAGACCCAGUUCUGAGAAGCACCUGCCAUGUCUGUGGCUAUGGCCUUACCUUUUCGACAAAGGUACCAGUACCAACUGAAUGCUUGUUGUAUGACAAUCUUAGUGCUAAUUGCUUUGUCUUGUAUGUUAUUUCACUGAAACUUCAUAAUUCUAGUGAAUAUCCUGUCCCUUAUAUACAUCCUUCUCCCGUUUCUUCAGCAUUGGGAUUACGGACAUGUGCUAAUUCAUCAGUCUUUCACUGAGUUAUAAAUGAGAAAUAUAUAUGUAUAAUUAUAUAAUAAUAUAAUGCAUAAAUGAGAACAGUGGGGGUCCAGAAGAAUACCGUGAUUUGCUUUAAAACUAACCCAAACGGAUGAAGUCUCUUGAUACAUCAGAAACGGAAUGGUGCUUGUCUUUAGGGUUUGUUGUUCCUCUUUUAGAGUAUCAUUGGUUUUAAAACUCUAGGAAAGUUUGUGGUUUUGUUUUGUUUGUUCAUUUGAGACAGGAACUUACCAAGUUCAAGGACAGCAAUUCUUCUACCUCAGUCUCCCGAGGGCUGGCCUAAUAAGGCACACACUGCCUCACUAAGCUUAGGGAAAUUGACCUUGAGCUCAAUUCCUUGUAGUGGACUUGAAAGAUAAUAGAAUUGAUGACAUCUUCCAGAUGGUCUAUCCUGAAAUCUGCGCUGUACCAAAGGGGUCAUGCUUCCACAGAAGCACCACAAACACUGUCCUGCUAGCCCUUCUCUCAGAGUGGAGUGAGAAACAUUGGCCUUGUAGGGACACUCUUCAUAUCGCAUGCUUUCUAUCUGUUAGCCAGUGACAGCCUUCCCCCUUGGAACAGCUGUGGCCUGCAAUAUGCAAAUAUUAGGGUGUUGUAAAUAGCAGGAAUAACAAACAACAUUUAAUGGAAACCCAAGAUAUUUUAGGUCCUGUUCAGAGUACUCUGUAGAUACUAACACACUCACCCUCAACAACUACUUGAAGAUAGGUGCUGAUAGAAGAAAACAAUUGAAAUACCAGAAAGUUAAUUUGCUAUGCUGUAGCUUAGAGAGCCUAUCUUUACAUUAGAAGUUUCUAAGGAUCUGUUUCUUGAUAUACCGGCACAUUUUUCUUGAUGUUUUUUCCUUAACCAAAGAUUAAACUGUUGGAUGUUGUGGAAUGCAACUGUGAUCUCAGUAUUGGAGAGGCAGAGGCAAUAUGAUCAAGAAUUCAAGGCCAAUUUUGAAUUCAAAAUUGGAGCCCAGCCUGCACUACAUGAGACACUCGUUUGAAGAAAAAAACAAAAUGGUAGCAGACUAAGACAGAAUCUGUGAAAUUUGAAAUCAGAGAGAUUACAGAAAUACUUAGAAUUGGUGAAAUAUACAGGAAACAAGUCUUAACAAUAACAAGUUUGGAAUAGGUAAUUUAGAACUGUUAUUUGUUCAAACUUGCUGUAACUUUGCCCUGUAAAUUGCUCAAUUCAAAGUUGUGCACUAGUUCCUAGAUGCAAAUUCCUUGCCCCCCCAGUUGGUGGUUGAGUGAAUACACAAUGACCUAGGCUUUUGAAUUGUUAUUUAACUCAUGUCUCAGAUUUCCAUCACAACCAAUGAUAUCUUUUGAGUAUUCAGUAAAACCCCUGUGAGAAAAAGAGUUCAGUAGUUUCCCCAAACUGCUAUUAUGCACAGUGCUAUCUUUAUUAAUAUUGAAAUUUUUAAUAAAUUUUUGGUGGUUUUUAAAUUUA